AUGUCUCGGCGUCUUGUUCCGAUCAGAGGUGACGGAAACUGUAUGUUUAGAUCUGUGUCGUACUGCUUAUUUGGAACACAAGAAAAGCACAGGGAAAUAAGAUUAAGAGUUGUGGAAAGAGUGGUCAGUAACUGGCAUCGUUAUAAAGAUUUUAUAAUCGGAGAUGGAUCGUACGGUCUCUCUAUACAAGAUCCUUCUGAUUAUAGUCAUUUAAUGUCAAAAGAUGGUGAAUAUGCGGGUCAUGUUGAGCUGCAUUGUGUCAGCGAAUUAUACCCAGACGUUACUUUCGUAGUUCAUAGAGAUCGAUGCUCUAAUACUAUCGAAUAUGGGCACGGAAGAAUUAUAAAACAUUUGUUAUUUUCGGGAUAUUUAGACGCUGGGCACUACAGCGUUCUUGAAUAUUAU